AUGGCCACCCCCUCCCCCGCCCGCAAUCCCGGCCCCAGCCCCUUCGUCACCGCCGUCUCCACCCACCUCUCCCAUGUGUUCAUCAUGGAGGUCUGGGACGUCAACAACGUCUUCGCUGCCGACGGCUCCGUCAACCGCCGCUUCCGCGAUCCCACACGCCGCCCCCCCGCUGAUCCCACCUCGCCCGAAUGGGCACCGCCCAACUAUACCACCAGCAGCAGUGGGUUGCAACGCGGCACUCGUGUGCCAGAACCUGCAAGGACCCUGCCGACUAUCAGUGAGAGGUCUGGCUCCAGUGGUCGGUCGACGGCAGGGUCCACGCUGUCUGAGGCCGCGAGGAGGAGUAUGGAGCUUGCGGAGCUGUUGCAGCGUUCGAGUAUGGACCCGGUCACCAAUACCGCACCACAUGCCGCUGAGCCUGCUGCUCCAAUUGACAUUGAGGCGCUCACUGGCCCCCGUCCAGUCCCCCAGUUCCAGCCCCUAACGCUCUAUCCCUCCGCUAUGGAGAGCUCCGCCGCAGUCUUCCAAACCGUGGGGCAGACGAUUGCCCGUAGGGGCGGAAGAAACAGUGUCCAGUUCGGUAAUAGGAGAGCACACUUGUCCUUCCUACGUGGGAGAAGGUCGUUGCCGUGUAUACCGCCGGAGUGGUUCACGAGGGACCAGAAUGAGGCGCUGAGAGUGCUCUUGGGGGAGGAGGAGGAAAGAGGCAAUGCCUCGGGGUGUCGGUUUUGCGGAGGGACGUGUAAUAGGGGCAGAGAUAUCUGUGUUAUUUGUAUCCUGUUGUUGGAGGGGGAAGCAGCUUGA